UUUAUUUUAUUCAAAUUAAAAGGGAAAAAAAACCCGACUAAUUUAAAGAAAGCUAAAAAAAAAAACAAAAAGAAAACGCAAAAACAUAAGGUCGAAACGAUUACAGCGAGCACAAAAAGAGGCGAGAUUAUCCUCGAGCUCAGAUUUCUCCUUCCAUGGCGGCCAUUCCAUCUUCCUCACUGCAAUUCCCCAACUCUCUCACACUUCCUCGCAAGCCCAAGCUUCUCACCUUCGUAACCAGAGCAGCAGAUCCGGAAUCUCCUGCCGCCGAUUCAGAAUCUGGAUCUGACGGCGACGAUUUUGAGGACCGGUUGGCCAAAGUCCGACUCCGAUACCGAAGUGGAACAGGAAAGAAAGCAGAGAUACGGAAGGCUCGGAAGUCCAAGAAAGGAUCUACCGCCGCCAACUCGUCGGUGUACCUGCCGCCAGUGCCGCUAAAGGAGGCGGUUUCCGGCGGACUUAAAGUGGAAUUUGGAUUCAGUCCGUAUAGCGAGAGGAUCAAUGGAUGGAUUGCGAUACUCGGAAUAUCGGCUCUGGUUCUGGUGGAAUUAGCUACCGGAAAAGGCGUCAUCAAUUACCAUACGCCGGCGAUUAUACUGAUUCAAGUGUAUUUUGUAGCGGCGGUUGCUGCUCUAUAUAUCAAAUACGAGAAGGAGAAGGUUAGCGUUUGGCCGCCGGAUGAAAUAAAAAAUUAGAAUAAAGCUUUAAUAAAUUCAGUUUUUUUUUCUUUCUUUUUCCUGAAAUUUCAACCUUUCUUUCUUCAUUUCUUGUUUAACAUUGAACCAAUGCUCUUGAAUUGUUGUAUGAAUGAACAUGAGAAACGUGCAUUAUUCAAAGGAAGUAACAUUAUUAUCAUUCGUUA